AUGAUGUUUAAUUUAGAUGAGUUGAUAAAAGAUCAAGACAUACUGUAUGAAGAAACACUACAAAAAAACCCCGAUGAUGAAUCAAUUUGGAAAAAUUAUUAUAUAAAUAAAAUAAAUGAUUGUUUAAAUUCAAAAAUCUUUAUAUUAUCAAGAUCUAUUAGGGAAAUACCAAAACUGGAAGAAUUAUGGAUACUAUAUUUGAAUUUACUUAUUGAGAACUAUCAACAAAUCAAACCAAAAGAUAUAAUUAAUGCUUUUGAUAAUUGUUUAACGUAUCAUCAAAAGUCCAUUAAAAUUAAUUUACUAAUUUUACAAUUUUUAACAAAUCAUAUAAUUAUUGAUAUUACUUGUAUAAGAAAAAAAUUCAAUCAAGCUUUACAAAACUUACCAAUAGAAACUCAUGAUCAAAUUUGGGAAUUAUAUUUAAAAUUUGCAAAUAAAGUAAAAGGUGCUACAGCAUCACAAAUAUAUAUGAGAUUUUCAAAAUUUAUAAAUCCAAAAGUAUUCAAUGGAAUGGAAAUAGAUUCAAAUCCAAAUUUAAAUUUCACAAUAUUAGACCUAAUAGAAAAAUUAAAAGGAUUUAACGAUAAAACUAAUGUAAAAAAUUUAUAUCAUGAUUUAACAAGUUCACAUACUGAUUAUUCAAAUUUAUCAAAAUCUCAAGUUCAAAUACUUUAUGAAUUUUUAGAUUGGCUUAUAUCAAAUAAACAAAAAGAUGAAAAAUAUUUCACUACCAAAAUAAAAAAAUUAAUUGAAAAAUUUCCAGAUCAAUCUACAAAUUUAAAUUUAAAAUUAAUUGAAUAUUAUAAAUCAACAAAUUCAAAUUAUCACAAGAUUAAAUCCAUAUUUGAAAAUUCAAUUAUUCAAUGUAAAACAAUUCAAGAUUUUAAGAAUUUAUAUAAUGAAUAUACAAAAUCAGAAGAAUUUGAAAUUGAAAAUUACUUAUCAACAACUAAACCACCUGAUCUUAGUUACCUAAAGAUGCUUUUAAAUCAAUAUGAAACACUAUUAAACAAUAGAUCAAUACUAUUAAAUGAUUUAAAAUUAUCCAUAGAUCCAAACAACGUAGAUUAUUGGUUUCAAAGGUUUGAUAUCUAUAAAGAUGAUUUAAAUAAUCAAAUUAAAACCAUAGCACAAUCUAUAAAAUCCAUUAAUCCAUUAAAGAUUCCAAAUUCAUGUACUCACAGACUAAAAGAUAUUUGGAUUAAAUAUAGUGAUAUUUAUUCAUCACAAAGUGAUUACAAAACUGCUGAUUUUAUAUUAAGUAAAUCUGUUCAAUCUCAAUUUCCUAAAGUUGAUGAAUUAGCUGAUUUAUAUAUAUAUUGGUGUGAAUUAAGAUUAUCUUCUAAUCAUUUUCAAGAAACUUCUUCUAUUGAAAUAUUAAAAAAUUUAUUAUUUAGUAAUGAAGAUCCAGAUAUAAAUCAAAUAAAUAUUAAUGAUUCAUCAAUUCCCAUCCAACGAAGAAUACAAAAACUGAAAAAAAUAUGGGAAUUCUUUAUUGAUUUAAUUGAUUCAUUUCUAGAAGUUAAUAAUUCAACUUAUAUGAACCUACUAAAUGAAGUAAUUGAAAAAAUGAUAAUUUUAAAAAUAGCAACUCCAAAAAAUCUUAUGGUUUAUGCAUCAAUAUUACAACAACAUUAUCAAAUUGAAAAAUCUUUACUGGUUUAUGAAAAAGCUUUACAAUUAUUUAAAGAUAAAGAAAUUCAAUUAGAGAUUUGGAAAAUUUAUUUAACAAAAUUAAAUUAUAUUGAUAAUAAAGAAAGAAUCAAAGAUAUUAAAGAAAGAUAUGUUUAUUUUUUAAAAUAA